GGGGAAACCCGGCGGGGGAGAAGUCUAACGUAGGUUAUUUCAUCUUGGAUCAACCAUGGCCUUCAGCAAGGGAUAUCGCAUUUACCACAAACUGGAUCCGCCCCCCUACAGUGUCAUAGUGGAAACCAGGAACAGGGAUGAAUGCCUCAUGUUUGAAUCGGGGGCCGUCGCUGUCCUAUCGGCAGCAGAGAAGGAGGCCAUUAAAAACACAUACACCAAGAUGGUUGAUGCCUAUGGGAUUCUGGGGGUUCUCCGUCUGAACCUGGGUGACUCCAUGCUCCACAGUUUGGUGGUCGUGACAGGAUGCAGCUCUGUGGGGAAAGUGCAGGACUCCGAAGUUUUCAGGGUGACACAGACAGACUUUAUUUCUCUGAAGAAUGACCCGGGGGAUGAGGACCGCAUCGCUGAGGUGCGGAAGGUCCUGAACUCUGGACACUUCUACUUUGCUUGGUCUUCCACUGGAGUCAGCAUGGACCUGAGUCUCAAUGCUCACCGAAGGACACUAGAAGACACCACGGAUAACCGCUUCUUCUGGAACCAGUCUCUUCACCUGCACUUGAAGCACUAUGGAGUAAACUGUGAUGACUGGCUGUUGAGGCUGAUGUGCGGAGGCGUUGAGAUCCGGACCAUCUAUGCAGGGCAUAAACAAGCCAAAGCCUGCAUCAUCUCUCGCCUCAGUUCAGAGCGAGCCGGCACGCGAUUCAAUGUUCGAGGAACCAAUGAUGACGGACAGGUGGCCAAUUUUGUAGAGACUGAACAGGUGAUUUUCCUGGACGAUAAAGCCUCCUCCUUCAUACAGAUCCGCGGGUCCAUUCCUCUCUUCUGGGAGCAGCCAGGGAUCCAGGUUGGCUCGCACCGUGUCAAACUCUCCAGGGGCUUUGAGGCAAAUGCACCAGCGUUCGAAAGGCACUUCAGUGCUCUGCGGGGGCUGUAUGGCAAACAGGCAAUCAUUAACCUACUGGGAAGCAAGGAAGGAGAGCACAUGCUCAGCAAAGCAUUCCAGAGUCACCUGAAGGCAUCGGAGCAUGCCGGAGCAGUGAAAAUGGUGAACUUUGACUACCAUCAGAUGGUGAAAGGGGGCAAGACGGAAAAACUGCAUAGUAUCCUCAAAAACCAGCUCAGCAAAUUCAUAGAGGAGUGUGGUUUCUUCUACUAUUCUGGAGACACUGGAAUAACCAGGACUCAGAGUGGGACAAUUAGGACCAACUGCCUUGACUGUCUGGACAGAACCAACAGUGUUCAGGCCUUCUUUGCCUUGGAGAUGUUGCCCAGGCAGCUAGAGGAGAUGAGUCUGACAGAGAAGCCCCAGCUGGUGGCCAGGUUCCAGGAGGUCUUUAGGACCAUGUGGUCUCUUAACGGAGACUCUGUCAGCAAGAUCUACGCUGGAACAGGGGCGCUGGACGGCAAGGCCAAGGCGGGAAAGCUGAAAGAUGGCGCACGCUCUGUCACCAGGACCAUCCAGAACAACUUCUUUGACAGUUCCAAGCAGGAGGCCAUAGACAUCUUGAGACUUGGCUCCACACUCAACAGUGAUCUAGCAGACAAAGCUCGGGCUCUGCUCACCACCUCCAGUCUUUACGCCUCUCCCAGAGUAUUGUUGGGAAUGUGCCAGAAUUACCGUAAAUACACACGGCCCAAACAGAUCCGGGUGUGCGUCGGCACCUGGAACGUCAACGGGGGCAAACAGUUCCGCAGUAUCGCCUUCCGCAACCAGACGCUCAACGAUUGGCUGCUGGAUGCUCCGAAGAAGGCAGGGCAUCCUGAGUUCCAGGACAGCAAAGCCAACCCCAUAGAUAUCUUUGCCAUCGGUUUUGAGGAAAUGGUGGAGCUGAAUGCUGGCAACAUAGUCAGUGCCAGCACCACUAACCAGAAACUGUGGGCAGCUGAGCUGCAGAAGAACAUCUCUCGGGACCAUAAAUAUGUGCUGCUUGCAUCAGAGCAGCUGGUGGGGGUUUGUUUGUUUGUUUUCAUCCGUCCACAGCACGCCCCUUUCAUCAGGGACGUUGCAGUAGAUACGGUAAAAACUGGAAUGGGUGGGGCUACAGGUAAUAAAGGGGGUGUGGCCAUCCGCCUGCUAUUCCACACCACCAGCAUCUGCUUCCUUUGCUCCCACUUUGCGGCCGGCCAGUCGCAGGUCAAGGAGAGGAACGACGACUACAAUGAGAUCACACGCAGACUUACUUUCCCAAUGGGUCGUUUGCUGUACUCGCAUGACUAUGUCUUCUGGUGUGGAGACUUCAACUACCGUAUCAGCCUGCCCAACGAAGAAGUCAAAGAUUUAAUCAGACAGCAGAACUGGGAUGCCCUGACUUCUGGGGACCAGUUAUUGGACCAAAAGAAUGCUGGGCUGGUGUUCAGGGGUUUUAUCGAAGGGAACCUAGACUUCGCUCCCACCUAUAAGUAUGACCUAUUCUCAGAGGACUACGACACCAGUGAGAAGUGCCGCACUCCCGCUUGGACGGACCGUGUGCUCUGGAAGAGGAGAAAGUGGAACUUUGACAAAACAGCUGAGGAGAUGAAUGUUGUAGGGGCAGCUUCGUCUACCGCCGAUAGUGAAGAUGACCCUGAGUACCAGUGGAGCCCGGGGGCCCUGAAAUACUAUGGCAGAGCUGAGCUCAAGACCUCAGACCACAGGCCUGUUGUGGCGGUUAUCGAUGUAGAGAUCCUGGAAGUAGACCCAGAAGCAAGGCACCAGGUAUACAAGGACGUCAUCGCUCUACAGGGCCCACCAGAUGGCACCAUCCUCGUGUCCCUCUGCUCCUCGGGCCCCGACGACUACUUUGACGAUGCCCUGAUUGACGAGCUGCUGGACAAGUUUACUAACUUCGGAGAGGUUAUUCUUAUCAGGUUUGUGGAGGAGAAGAUGUGGGUGACAUUCUUGGAAGGUUACUCUGCUCUGGCUGCCUUGUCACUUAGCGCUUCCACUGUGCUUGGUAAGGUGAUUGACAUCCGUCUGAAGAGCCCUGGCUGGAUCAAGAGCCUGGAGGAGGAGAUGAGCGUGGAAAGGAUCUUUGGGACCAUCCCCACCUCAGCCAGCUCCACCCUGCUGGCUGAGGACACGGACAUGGGCGAUGAUGACUAUGAUAUGGAAGGCGACGUGGAUGAGGAGGUGGAAGAGAUUCUCCCCCAGCACCUGCAGCCUGGAGCAGGCUCCGGCCCUGGAUCCUCCCCCCUCCCCUCCCCCCGAAGUAGUCCAUGUCCGUCCCCCACCCACGGAGAACCCACGGCCCCUACUAGACCCAGCAGAGCGCCCCAACCCUCUCGACCGUCACAAGGGCCUCCGGUGGACUUUCAGCCCGGAGCCCCUACAUCUCAGGGCCUGGAGCCCAAACGCCCACCUCCACCACGUCCCAAUGCCCCCCCAGCCAGACCUGCACCCCCACAGCGCCCCCCUCCCCCUUCAGGACCCAAAAGCCCUGCUCUCGCUCGGCCUGAAGCUGCUGCAGGUCGAGGCCCAGCAGCAGGCUCGGGACCAGGAGGCUUUUCCAGGCCGAAUAUCCCUCCUCGAGCCGGGGUGAUCAGCGUGCCCGCUCAGGCUCGCUCACAGCCCCCCUCCCACCCCGGGGCACCCAGGCCCAUUCCAGAGGUGCAUCCCGGAGCCCCCCGACCAAUCCCAGACACCCAUCCCGGAGCACCCCGACCUGCCCAGGCCAAACCUACGGACCUGCCUCUGGGACCCCCUACUUAUGGACCCCCUCCUUCCAUUCCCCCGUCCUCAGGACCCCCUGCCACUGGUCCCUCUACUGUUAGACCCCAGUGUCCAUCGCCCAUGCAACCCCCCAUGCAGCCCCAACCCGCCCCCUCUGUCCAGGCUCAGCUCCCCCCACCCAUGCAGCCCACUCUUCCGGCUCCCCUCCUGCCGCAGCCAGCUGCUGUCCCCAAGGCAGGGCCUCCCCCCACUGCCGCCCCCGCCGGGCCCUCACAGGGUCUCGCUUCCCCUAAGCCCCCACCACGUUCACGUUCCUCUCACGCUCUCCCCCCCGACACCGCCAAAUCCGAGACGGCCCCAGCUGUGCAGACUAAUGGGAUCAAUGGAAUUCAAGGAGAAGCACAAUGGAAGCCCGACCCCAUCGACGCACUCACAUCCAACUUCCUGCCCUCUUCCUCGUCGUCCUGGCACAGCACCCAGUCCCUCACCAGAGGCUCCUCACUACGCACACCGCCCUCCCUCCCUGCCCCGUUUUCCUCCAGCACCCUCCCCUUGUCCUUCUCUCUCCAGUCCACCCCUCUGUCGACCCUGCAGGCUCUGGAGUCCUCCUCCUCUUCUUCAUCUUCCUCCACCCCUGUCACCCCCUCACUGCUGCCCCCUCCUCCUCCGGUCUCUUCUCGUAGCCGCUCGCAGGAGACACUGCGGACCUCCUCCCCCAACCCUUUCCUGGCCGAGCCAGUUCCAGCCCGACCCAGCAGCACCAAUCCCUUCACAGGCCCACUGACCCAGCAGCAGCGUCAACAGCAGCGGCGCUCCCUCACCCCCGACUUAAGUGUCCAGCAGCAGGCCUCCCGACCCGACUUCCAGUGGACCACAUCCGUCUUCACUCAGCCCCUCGUCCCCACACCCAGCUCCCAGCUACAACGGACCACCUCCCUAGUAGGGCCUUCCUCUGCUCUUACUCCUCCUCUGAUCCCCCUACCCCUGGCCCCGGCCCUGCCCUUGGCACCUCCCUCCUCUCUCCCCACCGCGCCCUGUCGCCAGCCGCCCGCUCUGGGAGGAACUCCCUCCCAGCAGUGGGUGACCUUUGACGACGAUUCAGACUUCCCCUUCACCCCGACCAAGGCAUCACCAGCUGCGGCCCACGCCAUGUUGCCCCCCGAUUCCACCGCCUCCCAACCUCAGACUGGGCUCCCCCUUUCUGCGUUUGACCCAAAUCCUAACUGGGCCACCUCCACCUCUUUGAAAUUCCCAACCCUCCCUCCUCCCAUCCCCACCAGGACUGCACCCGGUAAUCCCAAUCUCCCUGACAAACCCAACGAUGGCUUCCCAUUCCCCAAGGAGUUCACUGAGAGACAGCAUCACAAUACUUAUCAUUUAUAGGGCAUAUCUGGAUAUGUAUAGAUUGAUGAUAAAUGUGUACAUGUGUGUAUGCUAUGUACAAAAGAGACAGUAUUUAAGACGUUUAGACCACACCCCUUCUGAAUCAGACUAAUGGAUAUAUAUAUAACAAAGCCAAACAUUUAAGCAGCAACGUGGGAAAUGUACAGGCCUAAAUGUAUACUGUCAUCACAGUGGAGACGCUUGCUUGUUCCCUGAUAUUAGCAAUUAUUUUAAUAUGAAUGGUUCUGAUGUUUAUUUUUAUUUAUGGCGGGAAACGUGUGCCUGUAUCUAUAUAGUUCUAUAAAGUAUAUCUAUACGCACAGGUGUGUGUGUGUGGGUGUGUGUGUCUGUAAUCUCCUGUGCAAUAUCAAAGCUUUCUGUGGCCAUGCAGUGCACUGCGGCCAUCUGCAGGGUUGUCAGAUGCGAUCAGUAUUACCAGUCAUUACGGUUGACUGAACCGAUUGAUACCGUUGGGUCGAUACCCAGUAGUAAGCUGACAGUUGGCUAUUUGUUGCAGGUAGCCACAUUUGCCCCAACACGGCAGUGGUCUGUUGUCCAUAAGCGUUGAUUGGAAGUUACUUGGACUUGAGUUGAAUGUUUGGUACAGUUCUGUUCUUCGUCUUUCCGUGUUAUCCGAGCCGUGGACUGAAGACUUAAGUCGCGUCUGCGCCGUGCAAUGCUUCUUCUUUUACCAUGAAUGUAAUUUAUGUCCUGUGGUUAUUGUCACUGCCUCAUCGCCAAGAGCACAGCCUGACCAGCAGCAGCUCGAGUCGGUGUUGCGCGGUCAGUCAAAAUGGGUUUACUUGCCAGAGGACUCACGCUGUGUUGAGCUCGAAUGUGUGUGUGCGUUGCGCUAUAUCGAAACUUCUACAUAUUGGUCCGCGUUUUAAAGACUGAGGUGACUUGUCUAAACGUGCGUACGUGUGUUUGUGACCACUGUAUCAUCGGUUUGCACUGCGUAACUGACGUGCACUGAAACGCGCUCUCGCGGUUGCACUCGUUGUUAAGUUGGGCUCUGACGGCAGCGUGGCUGGGAAACCGAGAGCCCAAGGGUUUGUCGAGUCCCGAGGGUUUUAAUCUGCUUCCACCUCUUUUUCCAGGGCUAUUAUAUUUGUUGGUUCAUCCAAAGCAUCAAACUGUACUGCUGUAAAUUCCAUGAAUUUAAUUUGAUGUUAAUGUGUGUGUGUGGGGGGGGGUAUGGGUGUGCGUGUGUAUAUAUGCUUCUGUUACUGCAAGUGCUAUAAGGUGACUUGAUCAGGGUCUGUAGGCUCAUCGGACAGUAAAUAACAGAGACGCUCAUGCAGUCUGAGAGGGCAUUUUGUUUUCAUUGACUUACUGUUUUUUUUAUUACAAAUUUACUUUUUUUUAUUUUUUAUGAGGAAUGAGUUACUCUUUUAUCUGUUGUCGGUUCUGUGGUGAGAAGUGGUGUGCUGUGUUUGAGGUGCGUGCCGUCUGUCAUGGUGUGUGUCCUGGUAUCUGUGCUUGGAUGUGAGCACGUGCUCAGUGCUGGCAGUGAGGUGACUUGGUGAAGUUCUACAUCUCACGAGAACUUUUCUCCCAUCGGUCUUCACACGCUUACGUGGCUUAUUUGUUCAGAGGUUCCCGACCAGCAGUCCCCGGUAUUCACGUAUUUCCGCCGUCCGGCCUGCCGAAGGCUGUGGUUUGGCAUCACCAUACAGUACAACACAUUGUUUGGGGUGCAAUGAAGCCAAUCUUUGUUGUGUUUUUUUUUUCCCCCACACCUCGUAGAACACGUCCCUCCUAGCCAUGCUCACCUCUGAAUAUUUGUAUUAUUUUCUCGAAAAUAUGCUUUAAACCGAAAUUCGAAGGUGUGGGAAUCCAAACCCGUCAUUAGAUAAGCCACGUCCAGUUGACCGUAACACAGCAGGGUUGUUAUUGCCCGUCAGUUUGUCUUCGGUAUUUGGAAAGCCGGCUGUCACUCCUAGCCCUUUGACCUCUUCCUCAAGCCAAGUCAUCCGUAACCAAACCGUGCAGACUUCUCGACCACUCUGAAGUGUGUGUGUGUGUGUGUGAUGGUCGUGCGUCAGUACUGACGUUAUUUUGCUGUACUGCCUACUUUUUUAUUUUCCUUCUGGUGUGGAGUUUUACAGGUGACUGUGGCAUUGAUACAUACAGUUAUAGAAAGUGAUGUACAGAAUUGUUUUGGCAAAAAGGUGAGGUCCAGUUGAGUCGCCGACUGGCCCACUGUGUCAGCACAAAUGGAUGUCCUUCAUUCUACCUGUACAAAGUGAAAUGUUAUACUUAAACAACGCAAAGCUCCCAUUUUGUAAGGGGUUUGGAUGAUUGGGAGACGAGAAACAAAAAAGAGAAUCGUCAAGGGUCUAAGAGUAUCAGCUAACUACCGUAUUUCCCAGACUACAAGUCGUACCGGGGUAUAAAUUGCACUUAGCACGAAAACGCGUUGUUGUGAAGGGGGCGGAAACAUUGUAACGACCACGGAUAACUAGACUCGCGAGCCCUUGGCUAACGGGUCGGACCCUUUAGUCGACUGGUUGGCGUAGUCGCCCGUGGUGCGGCUGCGACAGUUCCCGGCUGCCCCCCCGAAUUCGCUCUAUAAGUCGAAUAUAUGGCGGUACCAUAGCAACUGAACUAGAAAGGACGUUCAAGUCAACAUGGCGGGGUGGACAGAGCGGCGGCCAUUUUCACUUGAGCGGCUGCCAUUGCAAAGAGCUGUGACCGCAGUAGCGGGCCAACUUCCGGCCUCGCUGUUGUCACCAUGACAACUAACAACAACCGCCAUCUUCUUUUGAACUCCUCAAACGACCGCUACGGAGCGUUCUCUCUCAUUCAAUUUGGUUUACGCCGGAUCCGACGGAAGUAGCCGUGAUUGGCUGUCGCGUCGGCCAAUAGACAGCGCGGAGCCUCGAAGCGCGCUGACUUGAAACAAACGAUGCGCGCCGAAACCUUUGGCUAGCUAGCUUACAGCUGACCGUAACAUUGCCAGGUCGUACUGUAACGAUGGCUAACGUUAACGCUCGCUAACAGUGGAUAUCCAAAAAGGGUUUAAACCCCAACCAGGGGCGAUUCUAGGAUCAGAGCUUUAGGGGUGCUGAGCACCCAGAGUGCUGGCCGGCCAGGCAAGAUAAAUUUGGGGGGGGUGUGGAUCAAACCAUUUUCGAAGCAUGGGGGGGUGCUGUAUUUUUGUUGUUAAAAUAU